AUGUUUUUCAAAUUCCUAAUCACAAUAUUUCUAAGUUCACUAGCUAUAGCUCAAACAACAUCAUACAACGCAGAACAAUGGUCCAAAGCAUCAUCACAAGCAUUACAAACAGAUGGUGAAUUAUUUUAUGCAUUUUUAUCAGAUUUUAAUUAUAAUUUCCCCAAAUAUAAGACAUUUAUGGAUGAAAAUAAGAUGACAUAUCCAGCAAAUUUACAAAAUUAUGCUUUCCAAAUUCAAAGUAUUACAGAUGAUGAAGAAAUGAUUCAGGUGCUAAAAAGUAAAUCAUUCCCAUUUAGUGAAUUUAAUACAAUGUUUACAAAAUUUGAGUGGGCUUCAAGUUUAUUAAGUGAAAAUGGAUUAUCAAAAGUUUUAAUGCCUUCUGAAUUUUUAACUAAGGAAGCAUCAAUCACUGGUGGUAGUGAAAGUGAAAGUGGAAGUGGAAGUGGUAGUUCUAUUGCAAGUAUUACAUCAAAUUCCGAAUCAAGUUCUGAAUCAAGUGGAAGUGAAAGUUCAAAUGAAUCAAGUGGAAGUUCAUCUUCAUCAAGUGAAGGUUCAUCUUCUUCAAGUUCUACAUCAGCUUCACAAUCAUCAAAUUUAGGUGAAUCAUUAUAUAUUCCAAUAAUUUCAUUCCCAUUAGUUAUGAUUUCAUUUUUCUUAUUAUAA